UCGUGCAACUCGGACUUUCAGCCCCCCCACCCCACCGCAUGUGGCUCUUGGAGAAAGCUGGCUACUGGGUGGGGGCCGCGGAGCCCAGGGCCCGGUGGGCGCCCUCCGGCCUGUUUCCUAAGCGCCGCACCCCGUGCCCGCUGGCUCGCGCCUGCCCCAACGUCCUCACCCCCGAUCGCAUUCCGCAGUUCUUCAUCCCGCCUCGGCUCCCCGACCCAGGCGGCGCCGAGCCCCUCAGCGGGCGCGACGUGGGCGGGCGCGACGUGGACGGGCGCGGCCUCCCCGAGGCCUGUUCGCUGCCGCACUUGGCAGGCCGCGAAGGUUGGGCCUUCCUGCCCGAGAGCCCACACACGCGCCGGCGCGAGUCCCUGUUCCACUCGCCGCCGCCCGCCCCGGCCGGGGGGCUGCCCCCUGCGCAGUUCAGGCUGCACGUCUCCUCCCCGGACCUGCGCCUCUGCCGGGCCCCCGACAGCGACACGGCCUCGUCGCCCGACUCGUCGCCCUUUGGCUCGCCGCGGCCAGGCCCCGGCCGGCCCCGGCCUCCCAGGCCGCGCUCGCUGUCCCCAGAGGAGGCGAGCUCGGCCGACACCAGCCCGUACGCGCCGCGCCGAGCGGGGCCGCCCACGCCGCCGCUCUUCCACCUCGACUUCUUGUGCCGCCAGCUGCGGCCGGCCAAGGAGAGCGUGCUGCGCCUCGAGCCCCUGGGCGGGCAGCUGCGGCUAUCCGCCGAGUACCAGGCCUGGCCCGGGCGGCUGCGGCUGCGCCUGGUGAGCGCCGAGGGCCUGCCCGGGUCGCGGGCCGGCCCCGGGAGCGGCGGCGGCGGCUGCUGCGUGGUGCUGAGGCUGCAGCCGCGCGCCCGGGCGCGGGGCCAGCGGAGCCGCGUGGUCAAAUGCAGCGCCAACCCCAUCUUCAAUGAGGACUUUUUCUUCGACGGGCUCGGCCCGCCUGACCUGGCCGCCCACAGUCUGAGGGCCAAGGUGCUGGACAGGGGAGCAGGCUUCCGCAGGGACGUGCUGCUGGGGGAGUGUGAGACGCCCCUGAUUGCCCUGCUGCCCACCCUGCGUGGUGGGCUAGGUCCCGGAGCCUCCCUGGCGCCUGCCCAUCUCAGCCUGUAGCCUGAGAGACUGCCUCUUCCUCAGGAGGUCUCCAGCGGGUCUGCAGUCCUCAUUCUUUCCAUCUG